AUGUUCGGAGUGCUCUUCCCCAAUCGCAGCUUCCCUCUGGACGUGUCGCGUUUUAAACAGGUCGACACCUUCCAUUGGGUGCUCGAGAUGAACAUGUUCGUCGGCGACGCGUACGACCAGGUGAAGGAGAUCUGCAUCUUUCUGCUCUCCGAGGCCGCGCUGCCGCCCGGCCAAGCGCUCGCCGUGUACGUGCAGGCGCCCGGGUCGCCCUUUGAGUACCGCGGCGCCAGCGUGGGGUGGCAGCGGCGCAUCGAGGAGAUGGCGCUCAAGGUGGGGCAGAACCUGUUCAACUACAUGCAGUCGUUCAGCACCGUGCAGGGUAACAUGCUGCUCGUCCCCUCCGACAUUCUCGACCGCUGGUUUAAGAAGUUCCAGGAUAAAGCGAAAAUGGACCCUGAUUUCCUGAAUAGCGCUGCGCCAGCAGGCGGAGCAGCGGGGGGAAGGGGGGGCCCUUCCCUCAUGGGCGGGGCCCUUAGACUCGUGCAACCCCACGCCCCACCCGCCUUGGGUACGCCACUCCGUACCCUGCACAGCUCCCCUUCCGCCUUUGUCACCCUCCCACCACCUCCGAUGUUGCUGCCUCCUUCCUUGUCAUCCCGAUGUCACUCCCCUCCUCCCUCGCGCACCCCUCUGUUACCAUGCAGGCGCGCGGUUCUUAACCAGCUCACCCCCCUCCCCCUCCCCCCUCCUGCCCAUCCCCACAACCACCCCCCUGUCACCAUGCAGGUGCGCGGGACGGACGCGGCCAAUCUGGCGAUGACACGUGUCGUGCAGCGGGACAUCUGGGUGAACCAGUUCCCGGGCGGCUCAUGUGCGGACAGGCGCCUGCUGGUGGUGUCGUGGCCACCCGACUUCCAGCACGGGGUGGGGUCGCAGGUGCAUGUGAUGACGUCAUUCCUCAGCAUUGCCAUGCGCCACAACCGCACGCUUGUGCCGGACCCCUUGAACUACAACCGCGCUUACACUGACCAGUGCGAAGGCAUGGGCAAGACAGGCCAGUGGGAGUGCUACUUCUUCCCCAUCGUGGCAGCGGAGUGUGAGCGAGUGGUGAUGGCGGCCAAGGACAGCAACAGCGUGGUGUGGGGCAAGAAGGCCGUGGGCGCGCUGUGUGCGUCGCAGCACCGCGUGGUGGGCGUGGAGGGCAUGCCGUACCUUGAGCUGGACCACGAGGCCACCGUUGCCCUGCGGUGGGGGCAGCCCCACUUGCACCGCCCUAGCACGGUGUGGUUCCCCCCUGGCGCCGCAGCUAACGAUGACAGGACCCCCCAG